CUCUGUAAACUGCACACUAGCAAGUUUUCUAGGCAAAUUCUGCACUUUCUACCCAUUUCCUCCAACCUGUCGCAAAAAUAACGAGUGUUUUCCACAACCAAAUCCAUACAACUAAACGUAAAAUCAUAUGGUGGUGGCAACAUUUCAGAGAAUGCGCCAGGAGCAGCGCAAUAUGGCCUCCAAAGCAGCAGAGUUGGAGAUGGAAUCAAAUGAACACAGCCUUGUCAUCGACACCCUGAAAGAUGUGGACCCUUCCCGGAAAUGCUUCCGUCUCGUCGGCGGCGUGCUGGUGGAGAGGACGGUCAAAGAAGUUCUGCCGGCACUGCAAACCAACAAGGAGCAGCUCUCCAAAAUAAUCGAGUCACUCAACACCAUGAUGCUGGAGAAAGGCCGUGAACUCACCGAGUACAGAGAACGUUACAACAUUCGCCUGGUGGGCGAGGGCGAGAGCGAUGCACAGAGCCAGUCCACGACUGCUUCCAAGGAUAGUGAAGGAGGCAACCCUAAAAGUGGAGCUGGUGUUUUGGUUUCAUAGUUUUUUUGGGGGGGGGUUCGGGGGCGGGGGGGAUGCUGUGGCUCUAAGGCUCUCACAUAUUGAAAACAAAGUUGACAAAAAAAAAAAUCUAGGUUCAAACAUAAAAUUUGCCUCAAGAUUUUAUACUGACAACUUCAAGAUGCGACGUGCCCUACCAAAUGCAUUUUCAGUUUUGGUAGGUCUCGAAUGUUGUUUACAGUGUGUGUGCGUGUUUGCGGCGGCCCCGCAGGCGAAGUGCUCACAGGUCGGAACAGUCAGCCCGUUUUGCUCUGCUCUGGCAAACUGCAGAGAAUAAAAAGCCUUUGGCAAUGAGUCCUCUUGUGAUGUUCUCCAUGCAUAUUGGCACACAAUAGUGAUUUGUAAACAGGUGCAGCUCAAUAACACAUAAGCAUAUGACAUCCAAAUUCAAUUCCCAAAUAAUCCACUUUGACAAAAGUUAAAUAGUAAAGUAAAAAAUACUGUAAAGCAGGCAAAUACUCUACAUGUAGCUCAUUGGUGUUUGGUUGUUCUGGGCUGUGGAGAAGGAAGAAGAAUUUAAGAGUUGGCAUGGCAUGUGGCGGAGAAUGUGACAAUAAAGCAUGGCAUUCUAUCCA